GGGACCUCUGUUGGAAAGAGGGAGAAGUCGUCUCCGCGGAAACGGAUGUGUCGUAAAGUGAGGUUGGGAGUUUGAAGCCGUUUGAGCGGCGAAAAUCGUGUUCAAGGUCACUAUGAGCAAACAAGAAGAGUUGUGGGAGAAGCUAGACUCCGAGUUUGACCACAUUCUGCUAGACAUGAAACCGUAUGUUCUCAAGCAUCCCAGCAAAACAGAGCGUCAGCAUUGUGCCGUAUGGAUAAAGAAGCUGUGUGACCCGACAACAUGUGGUUCGGGUGUGAUGGAUCGAAAGAACCGCAACAUGUAUGCCAAUUUGCUGCUUUCUAUGCUCAAAAGGGGCAUCCUGGAGGGCCCUUUUACCGCCAAACCAGAGCCUGGAAAGCUCAAGACACUUCCAACCUACAUGUCCAUUUAUUUUGAUGAACCUCUGAGUGGUCGAUCGGCUGAGCAGAACAGAGGUCUUCCUGACUGGGUCACAGGAGAGCUGAGUGGUUGCGCUGAUGAAAGUUUGGUCAUGGAUCUUCUGAAGGACCGAUCCAGUUCUACACCCAUUACUGCUCAUCACAGGAGGAGACUGUAUGAGGAGAAGGUCCUUCCUGAACCCGUGUCCUCCAGUUCACUCCAGCUGAGUCCAAGACGAGACUCGAGAAUGGUGGAUGGGAUGCUAAAAGCAAAUGUGUCUGCUGGCGACAGCGAGUUGGAGGCUCGCCUUAACAGCUGGAACCUGGGGAUUGAAAACCCCAGGUAUUUGAGAGAGAAGCCCAGCCCCUUAUCACCAAUUUUAAAGUCAACCAUUGAGACAAAUAGCACCUUUGCCACUGAUCAUGGUCUACAAAGCAAAGAGACUGAGAUGAAGAUCAAACUGUUGGAGGCCAAGCACCAGGAGGAGAAACUGAAGAUGCAGCAGAGGCAUGAUGCAGAUGUUGAGAAGAUUCUGGACCGAAAAAAUCUGGAGAUUGAAGAGAUAAAGAGUGUGUACAGAGUUAAGCAGAAGGAAUCUGAGGAGAUGAACCGCAAGCUUGAAAAGAAAGUUCAAAGUGUUCUGCGUGAAUCCCAGAUCAUCUGUGAGAGCAAAGAGAAGCAGAUAGCGGAGCUGAAGAAGCUCUCCGAUCAGAGUGCUGACUCUAUAAAAAACGAGUGGGAGAAGAAGCUACAUGCAACUGUAGCAGAGAUGGAGCAGGAGAAGUUUGAAAUGCAGAGGAAACACACCGAAAACAUCCAGGAGCUGCUGGACGACACCAACCGUAGGCUGGCUAAGAUGGAGUCCGAGCACCACACUCGUUCUCAGGCCACUGAAAAAAUAAUGCAUGAGAUGGAGCUGCGCGUGAAGCAACAGUCGGUGGAGUUGGAGAAGGCCAACGACUUGCGCAGGAAGGUGACGCAGGAGAAGGCCCGGCUGGAGAUCCACAUCGCGUCCCUUGGUGUCGAAUUGCAAGAGACAAACAAACGGAUGAUGAUGCUGCAGAAGGAGAAAGAACAGCAGAGUGAGCAACACAAUGAGAAAGUGAUGAAUCUCCUGGCCAAACACGAGACAGACAUGAGCCACCUACAUCAGGAACACGCUCUGUCUGCCGCUAAGGCGUCAGAGGUGAUAGAGGACUUGGAGAAGACCGUGGCUCAGUUCAAGCAGCAGCUUCAGGAAAGCGAGUACAGAAGACAACAACAAGUCAGAGAUCAAGAGAUGAAGUUCCAGCAAGAGAAAGAUGAGCUGCAGACUUGCUGUGAGAAAAAGGUGUUGGCAGUUCACAGUGAGGCUGAGAGGGAGAAAAUUGAGGCCAAGAGGAAGAUAGCCAAACUAGAAGAUGCACUAAGAGAGAUGGAGAGCCAGCUGGACAGGGCGAAACAGAGCCAAAGACAGCAGAUCCAGCAGGCCGAUUUGGCACUGGAGCAGUUCAAGAAGCAGGUGGAGCUCAGCUCUGAGAAGGUCUACACUGACAUGAAACUCCAGAUGGAGAAGGUAGAGGAGGACUUGAUCCGCUCCAAAACCCUCAGGGAGAACCAGGCCAAGGAGUUCUCUCUGCAGCUUGAUGCACUGAGACAGAAAUACGAGCAGCAGAUGGCUGAGCAGCACGCGCAGCACGAGCAGGAGAGGACGCGGCUACAGCAGCAACACAGCGCGGAAAAGGACAACCUGGUCCAGGAGCACCAGCGGGAGGCGAGCAGCCUGGAGAGGCAGGCCAGGGCCACCCUGCAACAGCACCAGCAGCACGCCCAGGAGUGGAGGAAGCACGAUGCCCAGACAAUUUCCGAUUUGGAGACCCAAGUGUCAACUCUACACGACGAGCUCCAGCAGGCCCAUGAGCAGCACAAGCAAAAGCUGGCCGACAUUGCGCUGCUUCAGGAGGAGGAGAGGCAAAAAGCGACGCACGCCAAGGAGGCGUCGAUGCUGCAGCUGCGCUCCGACAUGGAACGGAUGGCCAACGAUCUGAAGAAGAGCCACCAACAGGAGAUGGACGCCAAUCUGGAGAAGACCAACAGCAGGUUGAAGCAGAUUGAGAAGGAGUACAAUCAGAAGCUUGCCAAGUCUGCCCAGCUGAUUGCAGAGCUGCAGACAUCGGUAUGCGACUCUAAAGAAGAGGCUGUUCGCCUGAAGCAGGCAAUGGAGAAGCAGCUGAAGGAGGCCAAUGCUCGGUGGGACGAAGAGAGACAGGCGAUUACCCACGAUGCCGAGCAGGCCAACAAGGCUCUGCAGGAAAAGCUGGAGAGUCUGCGGAGACAGCUGCACAGUGCCGAGAAGAAGCUGCUCAACAAGGAGCUGGAGACCGAAGAGAGGGUGACAAUGGUGCAUCAGGAGUAUGAGGAGAAGAUCAAAGGUCUGAUGCCGGCGGAUCUCAGGAAGGAGCUGGAGGACACCAUCACCUCUCUGAAAGCUCAGGUCAGCUUCCUCCAGAAGACGGCCUCUUUGCUGCAGGAAGACCUGGAUGCCUGUCGCAACAGGAGGUAACAGCAUGAAGCUCAGACACUCCAGGACAUGAAGGACGAUGCCGGCCAACAGAAAGUGAGCAUUGCAGUUCCCUCUCAUCCCUCACUCCACUGGACCGGUCAUUCUGAAGUUUGUUUAUCUCGUUUUAGUUUAACCUUGAUUAAAUGUAGCAUUUUGAUGUCCUCAUCCAGAUAAAGUGUUCAUUUCUGUGUCUUUUU